CACCAUCAAAAAGCCAAGUGAAAUGAUAGCCACUGUAACUUCUUACCCUUUUCUCAAAGCAAAGCAAGUUGUAGCCAUUCAAAAUGCUGGUUUUAACUACAAUUGGGUUUUCUUUUGUUUCCCCUUCUUUGCACAACUUACCGUUGCCAUAACCACCACCACAACUGACCCCAUCAAUGGAAGAGGGAAUAGAGGAAGGGAAAGACGAAGCUUUUCAAGGCGGGGUGUUUUCUCUUACAAUGUCAAAUUAAGUGAGCUCAUACGAGCUGGAAGAUUUGAAGAUGCAUGCGGACUUUUUGAUGAAAUGCCUUCUCGAGAUACAGUCUCUUUGAACACCAUGAUUGCAGGAUAUUGGCGCAAAGGCGAUGCUCAUAAGGCGAGGGAGAUGUUCAAUUUAAUGGCUACUAAGAAUACAGUAUCUUGGAAUGCCAUGAUCGCUGGAUUUGCAGAUAAUGGGCAAAUAGAGGAGGCCUUAAAGUAUUUCAAUGAGAUGCCGGAGAAGAAGAGCAUAGCUUCUUGGAAUGCGAUGAUCUCGGGGUUUCUGAGACAUGAUAUGAUUGGGCAAGCGCGAGAGUUGUUUGAUGAGAUGCCUAAGAGGAAUGUGAUUUCCUAUACGUCAAUGGUGUCCGGGCUCGCAAAGUGUGGAGAGGUUGAGAGAGCUCGUGCUUUGUUUGAUGAGAUGCCUGAGAAGAAUGUGGUUUCUUGGACGGUGAUGAUUAAUAGUUAUGUGGAGAAAGGGCGGUUUGAUGAGGCUCAACAGCUGUUUGAGGAGAUGCCGAAGAAGAAUGUGGUUGCCCUGACUGCUAUGACUACAGGAUAUUGCAAGGAACGAAAGCUGGUACAUGCCCGAAGACUCUUUGAUGAAAUUCGUUGUAGAGAUCGUGUGUCAUGGAAUGCUAUGAUCACAGGUUAUGCUCAGAAUGGUCAGGGCGAGGAAGCACUGAAACUUUUUGCACAGAUGUUUGGGUCUGGUACCAGGCCUGAUCACUCCACUCUCAUCGUGGUUCUUACUGCAUGUGCCAUUCUUGCAUCAUUACAUGUCGGAAAGCAAACACAUGCAAACACCAUUAAAAGUGGGUUUGCGUCGAAUGUCUCACUGAGUAAUUCCCUGAUAAACAUGUAUGCCAAAUGCGGAUGCAUCCAUGAAUCUCAAUUAGCAUUCGAUGAUGCCUCUCGUAGGGACCUGGUUUCUUGGAAUGCCAUCAUAGCUGCAUAUGCACACAAUGGCCACCAUGAAAAAACACUAGCUUUCCUCAAAGAGAUGCAAGCAAAUGGGCUAAAACCCGACGACAUUACUUUCCUUAGCAUUCUAUACGCAUGUGGUCAUGCCGGGGAGGUGAGAGAAUGCAUGAAUCAGUUUGAUUCUAUGCUUCGAGAUUAUGCUAUCCAACCAAAGGCCGAGCACUAUGCAUGUCUGAUUAACGUCCUGGGUCAAUCAGGGAGGUUAACCGAGGCCCAUGAGUUUAUCAAGGGGAUGCCAUUUGAGCCAGAUGCUGCCGUUUGGGGUGCUUUGCUUGGAGCUUGCAGGGUUCAUUCAAACGUGGAAUUGGGGGAGUUGGCUUACGAGAAGUUGGUCGAUUUGCAGCCUCAGAAUCCAAGCCCCUACAUUCUACUGUCGAAUAUGUAUGCAGCAAUGGGAAUGUGGAGAGAAGUAACUAGACUACGAUUCCUGAUGAGAGAAAGGGGGUUAAAAAAGCAACCUGGGUAUAGUUGGAUGGAGACUGGGAGUGAAGUGCACAUGUUCUUAGUAGGAGAUACAUCCCAUCCUGAUAUUGCUAAGAUACAUGAAGAGCUGCAAAGAAUUGAUCUGCAUAUGAAGAUGGAAUGUACUUUGUGGGUGCCAAGUAACCAAUGGAAUCUGGUCAUAUUGGAUUGUAGAUGUUAAAAAUCCGUGGUGUAAACGUUUAUUCUCGUGUGGAUUGGAGGUUUUGUUUAUAUUUUA